AUGGCUUUGACAUCGAAGUCCGAUUCGAAUCCGUACCGGAGAUAUUUUCGGUGUGGGUUUGUAGUAGCCAAUAAGCUUAGAAACGAUGAACACACAUUCAAAUGGGUUGAUGAAGCUUUUGUCAAUGAGGUAGAUACAUUAAAUGCAAAGACUGUUGAACUUGAGAAGCAGCUGAAAGAGAUCAGAACAGAGAGGUUUGAGAUGGAUAAGAUGGUUUAUGAGAAGAUGGAGAAGGAGAUAUUUGAGAAGGUUGAAGAUGCUUUGGAUGAAGCCAAAUCAAGCAAUAAGAAAAUGAUGCUUAUCAUAGUCUUCUUAUGUAUGAUUAUGAUUGGACUCAGUAAGCUACUAGGUUGA